CAUUUCAUUAUGCGUUUUGAUUUGUGGAUACAGUAACUGUAAUAUUUUCGGUUUUGACGUUUCAGUAUAUCCACCACCAUCACUACCUUCGUCUGAACAAUCCCGAUUUUUCACCUUCUGCUUUAAUAUUCAUUGGGCAAUAUGGACAUCGUUUUUUCGAAUGAUAUUGUAUGACAUAUACAGUUCCGUCGAUGAUAUUGUUAACGAUCGUGAAAUAAAGCUAAACUGCACUGCCCAAAGCGAUGGACAUGGUAUCACACUACAGUUUGUCAGACGAAAGGCUACUUCCGGUAAUACAAAGGCACUACUACAACUAGACGACUUCAAUCUCGCGGAAGUAGGUGAGUAUUUUCACCCAAUUACUGUUGAUCCUGGGCGGAAUGAAAUUUUUACAGCUGCGGUUGGCUUCAACAAUAUUAAUCACAAGAAUCACGAGAUACGCAGUUGCAGCAAAAGUGAAAGAGUCACCUUUGCGGGCUACACGAAGAGAAGCACUUAUUCGAAGAAAUUAAAAGAAAGGAAAGGAAUAACGUCCAUUGAGUCAUCGCUGCCUUCACCGAAGGUCGUAUCCAAAGAGGCCUAUAUUGUGUACUUGAAAUACACAUUGCAGCAUCUGCAGACACUAUUUGACUUCUACAGCUUCAAAUCGGCCCAGUUCAACUUCAACAAUUACCAAGGCAAACAACGGGCAGAUGCUGAGGUAGCUAAUGUGUUGAUUGAUGGCGGUCGCAAGUAUAAUAGGAGGGAAAGAAAACAUAUAAACAGAAACAAGAAAAGGAACGACGACUGAAGAAUGGCCAGAAGAAGACAAUUAGAAGCAAAGUUAAAAAGACAACGGGAGCGUAUGGAAGCUCAAGAAGAAAAAAAAGAAAAAAACG